UCCACACGGGGACGGGCGGCCACCCCGUCCGCCCCCAAGCCCACUCUGAGGCUGCUGCUGCAUCUGUCCAUCUUUUUGACGGCGGCGCUGGCCGGGGCUCCCGGCGCGCGAGCCAACGCCAACCACACGGCCGUCGCGGAGGUGAAGACGGGGUGGGCGGCGCAACAGCACGUGUGCGACGGGGGGCCGUGCGGGGACACCAGCGACCCCGGCCCGGCCCGGUCCCUGUGGCCCUUUUUCCGAGAUCUGGACCUGCUGCGGCUGCUGCAGGGGGCGGCCUUCACCGACGGCGCCGACGCGUACAGCGCGUCCGUGACCCAGUGCAGAGCGGACCUGCGCGCCUACCUCGAGGGCCUGGAGAACUUCAGCAAGUGGGCCGUGCAAAUGUGGGACGCGUCCGCGCGCGCGCCGCGGGGCGCGCUGUGGGGCGAGCUGUGGCAGCUGGGCAGCUUCGACGAGUGCCUGGCGACGGACCCGCAGCCCGCCCUCCCGGGCACCGCCUUCUGCCUGGCCAAGCUGCGGCUAGGCGUGUGGGCGGCCGACAACGCCCUGGAGGAAAGUGCGUGGGCCGCCUUCAAGCCCCCGCAGCACCGGCUGCAGGUCGGGCGCCACGAGACGUGGUGGGGCAUGUGCGUGCCGGCGAGCUGCGGCCCCCGCGACCUGGCCGUCGUCCUCGGGCAGCCCCUCCGCGACCUGGCGGCACCCCACGGCCUCGACGCCAACCUGACGGUCGACCCCCGGCUGUGGCAGGGGCUGGCGCACGUGCCUGCCGGCCAGCCCAGCACACCGGCCAGCGCGACGGCGUGGACGCUCCUGACAUGGCUCGUGACGUGGGUCGUCUUCUGCACGAUCGUCGAUUCGACCGGCAAGUCAGGGAGCGCCCUGCAGGCAUUCUCCGUGCGACGGAACUGGCGGGCGAUCACCGCUGACGACCAGAACGACAUCGCGUGCAUCCACGCGGCCAAAGUGAUCUGCCUGCUCGCCGUCAUCUUUGGGCACCGCGGUGAGGCUCUGAUGGCGAGCCCGCUCCUCAACGCCAACGACCUCGAGAAGGUGUACUCGAGCCCACUGGACCUGUUCGUCAUGAACGGCACGGCUGUGGUGGACAUGUUCUUUGUGGCGGGGGGAUGCCUGCUGAGCUGGACGCUCAUCGGCUUCCACCAGCAGGGGAGGAAGUCCUCACUUUGGGCGCUCUACCUCUUCCGAUACGCAAGGCUCAUCCCCGCCUACGCGGCCGCCAUCGCCUUCCUGGCGCUGGAAUUGCCGUCGCUGGGCUCCGGUCCGCUGUGGGGGACCACCGUGCUGGAGGAGGCGCAGCGCUGCCAGCGCCGCUGGUGGACCAACCUGCUCUUCAUCAACAACGUCUUCGGCCAGGAUGAACCGUGCCUGGAUCCCGCCUGGUACCUGGCGUGUGACAUGCAGCUCUUCCUGGUCCUGUGCCCCAUCGUGCUGCUGGCGCCCACCCGGCCGCGCCUGGUGCGCCGCCUCCUGGCCUUGGCCUUCCUCUUCGGCGUUCUCUACCCGGCUGGCAUCACCUGGUGGCUCCGUCUCGACGGCACCAUCGUUCCUACGCCGAGUGACGCCGGGCACAUGGCGCGCACCCCGCUGCACAUGCACGUGUACGUGUCGGCGGCGGGCCGGCUCGGGCCGUACGUGGCCGGGGUGGCGGCCGGCUGGUACCUGCGCCACCUGCAGGCGCGGGCCGCGCCCGUGCCGCGCGCGCUGCGCUGGGCCGCGCCGCUGCUGUUCCUGCUGGCCGUGGCCGCGGUGGCGCUCGGCACCGUCUUCAUGACGGCCCAGCCCGCGCUCACGCCCCUCUGGGCGCGCGUCGCCUAUGCGGGCCUGCACCGCAGCCUGGUCGGCGUGGCCUUCGCCGCGGGCAUCGUCGCGGCCACGGCGGCGGACGCGGACAAGUCGCGAACUUCGGUGUUCGCCGCGUUCCGGCCCUGGUCGCGCCUCUCGUACAGCGCGUACUGCACGCACGCGCUCGUGCAGCUCUACCUGGGCGGCCAACAGCGGGCGGCGUUCGUGUACAGCACCCAGGACACGGUCGUCAUGGCGAUCGCGGACACCUGCUUUGCCUUCCUCGCGGCCCUGGUGCUGCACCUCUUGGUGGAGGCCCCGUUCAGCAGGCUGCUCUCGGUGCUCAGGGGCGCGCGCACCGCGCCCAAGCAAAGCGGUGCAGCGGCGACCGGGACCGGGGCUCCGUGAGCAGCACCACAACGGUUCUACCUAGGGGGGAAAGUGCUCAACAUUGUAGGCAGACGGAACAAAACGAAUUAGUCACCUGAACUAACAAAUUAGCUUAUUUCGGAAUAGACAAUCCGCAAUUCGAUGUAGAAUAACUGGUACAUUUCGGGGGUCGACCACUUUUUUGUUUUGGUGUUCAUGGAAUAUCUGGAAUAUUUGUGGAAUAACUGGAAUAUUUGUGGAAUAACUGGAAUAUUCAGGGAAUUUUGGAAUACUUUUAGAAUAUCUGAAAUCUUUUUGGAAUUUGCUGGAACAUUCUUGGAAUAUUUGGAAAUAUUUCGGUAGAUCUGGAAUACUUUUGGACUAUCUAGAAUAUUUUUCAGUGUGUGCAUGGAAUAUCCAAGAAGUCCACCACUCGGUACAUUGCACAGCUUAGUUGUGGAUAGUACAGUAGUACUGCUUGUCUCCAGCAACGAACUCCUGACUCCUCCCUGUCUAUCCGAAAAUUAGCGAAUUCACUAGUUCUGACUCUGAUAGCUAAUUCUUUUUUUCCGUGCACUCAGAAAAUCUACAAAGUCUACAAAAAUUGAUUUAAGAUAAGGAAGUAAAACAAGAAAAUCCACAACACGGUGAAAACGAUAUAUCAUUUUUUGAGGGAAAAGGGAAAACUUUAAAGGAGCUCCCUUAGUUUGAGGAAAAGUCUUUAGAUUUCGAGGGAGUCUCCCCCAAAAGUGUAGGAUUUUUCCUCAUUUUUUUGCAAAGAUUCCUCAAAAUCUGCGGCUACAUCGGAGGAGUUUUCCAUAAACAUGGGAGUUCCUCAAAGUUUCCCCUUUUCUUAAAAAGUGAAACACGUACAGACAUUUUUCAAAAUCCUAGAGACUUUGUCCACCAAAAACCGUCGUUGUUUCUUCCUCCCUGGGUAAAAAAAACGACCAGUAUUAUGGACGUGAUUUGAGGAAAGCCUCGCCAUACGCCAUACCAUUUUUAUUGUGACAAGACGAAACUCGCCGCUGGGCCGAAUGCGGGUAUGAUGUUGUGAUUUUUGCUUUUAAAUAUGUAUAGUUAUAUGCUUCUAAAAUGUAUACAUUCGCUCGCUUAGUUGAUGUGCAACAGGGGUGAUUCAGUUUUUACCUGCCAGAGCGAUAUCCUAUUUUAGACGAGCAGAACGCUGGGUUAGGCUGGACUUCGCGCUGUCGGUUAUACCAACGUGGAGAUCCCGUGUGUGAGAGCCAGUGUGUGAAUGACUGAUUACUAUGUAUAAGUACUAUUUGAUGAUUACUAUGUGUAAGUAUUUUAUUACUAUGUAUAAGCAUUUCAUUACUAUGUAGAAGUAUUUUAAGUUUGUAAGAAAAUAACAGUUCAAAUACAGAGUAGUGAUACCA